AUGGUCACGUUCGCGGAUGACAACACAGUCCUGGGCCUCAUCAGGAACAACGAUGAGAUGGCAUACAGGGACACAGUGUCACAGCUGGCAGCUUGGUGUGCACGCAACAAUCUGGAGCUCAACGUCAACAAGACGGUGGAGAUGGUCAUAUCUUCUGCACGCACCCCCCCCCCACUUCUCAUCAACAGCUCUGCAGGUCAGGUGGUGAACUCUGUAAAGUUCCUGGGCCUUACCAUCACCAGCGAUCUCAAGUGGGAGACACACGACCAAGCUCAUCUGUAA